GUGGGCGUCACUGAUUGGGCAGUUCGACGGUUCGUAAUGAUGGCUGUUCAACCGGAGGCCCGGUUUCCAGGCCCAAGCCCGGAUCCAGGCACCUAUAAAUACCCCAAGGCCAGGCCACUUUCCCCCUUGUGCGAUAUUUGUGUUAGCGGAGCUCUGCCAAAAUUCCUAGAGAGAGAAACAGCUGCCUUCGAUCAACCAAUCUUCAGAGGUCAGUUCUCCGCCCAUCUGUUGUAGCAUUAGUGAGUCGUAGUUGUGUGGCCUUAGGUUAAGUGUUUAACUGCCUUAGGAAGCCUCCUGCCUUAGAAACCCCUCAUCCCUUAGCUGUUGAGGAUGUCUUCACAAAGUGACUCUCAAAACGUCUCGAGGGAGCCUCCGGUAGGAGUCGAAAGCUUCUCUGAAGCGGAGUCCUCGAGCGAACGCACCUCGGUCAACCAGGACUCUGUGGUGGUUGAGGAGGUACAAGCAAGCCUUCGGCUAGAAUUGGAAGCGGAGGAGUUCGAGCAGGUGUGCGAGGACGAGGAGCUGACACUUGCCUUUCAAGUGGCUGAGGAUGAGGCCCAAAAGGAAAGCAUGAGGGUCACCGUCGCUGUCCCUUCCUCUCGGAAUGCAGAGGCCGAAAGCUCUCAGCCACUAAACUCGACGCCUAUCAACGUUGCCCUUGGGAGGAAGAGAAAGGCGAAGGCCGCCGGGAAGAAAAAACAGGCUGCCGUCAACGCCGGGCAACCAGUAGGAAUUCCCGAAGGCUACUCCUACCUGAACACUGCUGCCUUGGACGUGAAGACCCGAGCCACACAGGGAGAAUACAUGGCGACACAGCUCUUGGUAGGGCCCUCGGCACUGGUAGUGGAGCCGGGGCCAGAUGAUGUUUUGCUAUACGCUCCCGCCGGUUGUUUUGCCGUGCAUCUGCUUUCGGUGGAGUUGGGCCUCCGAUUCCCCCUCCAUCCCUUCGUGGUGGAGUACCUUCGGUAUGUCAAGCUUGCUCCCUGCCAAUUGACCCCGAACAGCCACUCCUACUUGGCUGGCUUCCUUUCCCUCUGCCGGAGCCGGGAUGUGGAGCCUUCGUUGGACCAAUUCUUCCUCUCUUUCAAUCUGUGCGGGGGGGGGGGGGGGGGGGGCACUCGAAUGCCGGUGGCUUCGCCAACCUGCAGCAGCUCCCAGAGUUCAGGCUCUUCGAUGAUAUCCCUUCGUCCCACAAGGGAUGGAAAGAUAAGUUCUGCUACAUUCGGAUGGCGGAGAAUCCCUUCCAGGCCCCACUCCGUGAUAGCUUCCGCAGGCACGUCAAGGUAGGGAGCGCCGCCUUGGAGAAAAAAAGGAAGGAAGCUCUCCAAGAAGCCCGAGGGGUCCGAUAAGCAUGCCAAGAUCAGGGAUGCUACCCUUCAAGACGAUCUUUACAACUUGGGCUUUCGGUGGUAUCGGUUGAUGGGGGAAAGCGACGAGAGAUAUCCCCCCGUCGAUAGAGUUUAUCAAAGCGCCGGAGGUAGUCAACUUGCCGAGGGCUCCCGUUUUAUACUUAGAAUAUGUUUUUCUCUCUUUUUUGUGGUAUUAUCCUCCUAACCCUUCUGCAUUUCCUUUGCCUUUCAGGACCAGACAUGGACGCCCGGAAUCUCUCCAAGUUGAAGAAGCAACUCGCAAAGGAGAACAAAAAGAAGGACCCCUCGGCGCAACAGAGGGGGUUGGAUGAGAUCUUCCCGAGGGCGGGCACGAAUGACGGGGCCAAGGAGAGUGUGCCCAAGGAGAAAACUGUCGCCGACGACGACGCAGGUUCCAACGCCGAGGGCUCCCCUGCUGAGGCGUUGAAGAGGAAAUGGGCCGGGAAGGCCGUGGUGCCCCCGGAGGGGAAGAAGCAGAAGAAUGGGGGGCCCGAGCCGAAAGAGGCCCCGUUUGUUAUUGUGGAGGAGCAUUCCUCCUCCGAGCCUCCGGCCCAAGCCCCCGGACUAGCAUGGCCCCAAGAUAAUGUGCAGUUCUCCAUUACUAAGGGGACUGCCAUUAUGCACGCAACGUUGAACCCGAGGGAGUUCCUGAGGGGGGCCACCCCCCGACGGAUAAAUCUGUGCUCUCUCGGCAAACCGAUGACGCCCUCUGUUCCAAGAUCCUUCAGGCUUCGGUCACUGCAAGCCUCGGCCUCGGUGAGCUCACCCAGCGGAUGGAACACUAUGCCCUCCAGAAGCAGAAUGAUGAUGAGUCCUUGGUUGUGGCCCAAAGGCAGCUUCGGGAGGCAGAAGAGGCUUCCAGGGUCGAGAGGGCGGCCUUCGAAAAACUCCUUGAGAAUGCCAAGGUGCUGGCAAGAGCCGAGGGGAAGGCUGAAGCUGAGAAGGCAGCCGCUGAGGCCGCCAAGAAGGCUGCUGAAGACGCUGAGAUCGCCAAGAAAGAGGCGGUGGGGGAAGCGGUGGCAGCCUUCGUCGCCGAGGAAUGGAAAGCCGAGGCCCAGAAAGCGUGGGUGGCUGCGGUUGUCGAGGCCUCCGUGGAGGAAUGGGUGAGGGGCCCCGGGGCAAUGUGGCUGGCCCAGAAGGGGAAAGAAUACUACGAUGGGGGUGAGUACUUCACUCAAGCCGUCAUCUACCGGAGGCUGGCCAGGCACCUGGGAGCGGACCCGUCUGCAUCUGACCCCGCGGCUUACGGGCUCCCCCCUCUUCAGCCAGACACAAGAGUUCCUCUCCCCGAGGGCACUAGCAGGCCAGAUCUCGAGGACACCGUCCUGAUGGCGGAGUGCAGUGAUGAGGAAGAGGAUGCUGUGGGGGAUGCUACAUCGAAGCCUGCCGACGGAGGCGAUGCUGCUGUAACUGAUGAUGUUGUUAUUGUGUAGUAUUUAGAAAAUUCUGAACAAUCUUGUUGUAAUGAAUAUUUGUAUGCUCUCGGCUUCGGCCAUUUUGUAAUAUACAUUUUAACUCCUUCUUCCUUUUGAUGAAUGGAUACCCGCCUUCGGGAAUUGUCUGGAUGUAUCCCCUCGGCAUGUAGUGAGGUGCCGGAGGUGAUUCUUGAUUUGAUUUGGCCACCAUCUGAUAGCUUUGUUAUAUAGUAGCCUUCAGGGACAUUUUGAGUUGUUGUUGGCUGAGCCUGUCAUGUUUUGUAGGAUUUGAGCCUUCGUUUUAGAUAUAGCCGGAGGUAAU